AUAAGGCUAUCUUCUAAUAUCUAAUACCGAAAUAUCCUCGAUAUUUAUUCUAUAUCAACACUUCCCAUUAUCUUGGGAUUGGUCUUCUACAUACCUAGGUAUCGUAGCAUAACCCGCAUCUUCCUCCGCCAUGUCCUCUCUCGAGGCCAAGAUAGUCGUCCUCGGCUCCCAAGGCGUCGGCAAAACCUCUCUCGUCACCAGGUAUUGCAAAGGAGCCUUCAAUCCUGCACAGACUACAUCUACUGUCGGUGCAAGUUUCAUGACCAAGAGGGUCAUCGACGGCGAUACCGACACCGUAGUCCGCCUACAGAUAUGGGACACAGCCGGCCAAGAACGAUUCCGCUCGAUAUCCCGGCUCUACUACCGCGGCGCCAACGCCUGCAUCCUCUGCUACUCGAUCACGGACGCGCAGUCCUUCGCCGAGAUGGGCAUGUGGCUGACGGAGCUGCGCCGCAACCUGCCGCCGGACAUCGUGCUGCACGUCGUCGGCACCAAGGCCGACAUCGUCGCCCGCGACCCCACCCGCCGCGAGGUCCCCUUCGAGCGGUGCAUAGCCUACGUCGCGGAGAACCUGGCCCCGGGGCUCGGCUCGACGCCGCCCCCGACCGCGACGCCGAGCGGGCUGAUGGCGACCACGGCGGCGGCGGCGGCUGGGGGUCUGCCGCCGGGGUCCGGCCCGGGGGCCAGCCAGUCGAGCGUCGCGGCCACGCCCGCCGCCUCGAGCGCCCAGGAGCCGCGCAGCCCGAGUAGCAAGCGCAGCAGCGGCUUCUGGGGGCAGGAGGUCGGGUGGGACGCGUGCCACGAGAUCAGCGCCGAGAGCGGCGAGGGCGUCGAGGAGGUCUUCCGCGUCGUCACCCGCAAGCUCGUCGAGCAGAACCGCAAGAUCCAGCAGGCCAUACUGGCCGCCACCGCCACGACCCCGGGCACGCCCGGCUACUACGACGACGGCAGCGGUAGCGGCGGCGCUUCCUCGGUGCCCGGCGGCAGCAGCUACUUCGACGGCGCGAACCCGCGAGGCAGCUUUCGCGUCGGCAGGGACCGCCGCAGCUGGCUUUUCUCGCCGAACUUCUCGCCCGCCGUCACGGUUGAGAACCCGGCGAACGGCGGCGCGGAGCAGCAAGGCCGGCAGGGCGAGGGGCAGGGGAGGAAGGGGAGGAGGUGCUGUUGAUGCGUUGUUGGCCUCUUUAUGUAAAGUGAGGAGGUUGUUGAGGCUCGAUCGCAUAUAUUUCGAAACGGCAUUCAUCGGGGUUUCUGGUCUCACAGUAUAGCAUGGCAUGGCACGGUACGGUACGGCAUGGCCCUUGGAGUAAUGAGUUACUAAUGAAACACGUCGACGAUUUGUGUGUCGGGUCAUGGGUUAAUUGCAUGGUAAUAAUGAAGUAUAGUCUGGGUUUCUCUCACGAGAUACGAAUGCAUUACGAAGGAUAUUUUUUCAUAAUAUCUUUAUUUCUCUAUUGGCGUUGAUGUUCGUGUUUGAGAACGUAGGAUGUUGCGAUAUAACUAGGUAAGUUUAUAUGUUAGGUUACUUUUAGAGU